AUGGUCAAAGCAGUUGCCGUUCUAAGAGGAGACGCCGGUGUUUCUGGCACCGUGCACCUAGAGCAGAAGGCCGAAAACGAGCCAACCACCGUUUCGUACGAGAUCGCCGGGUUCGGUUCCAGCGGCGACCACGGGUUCCACAUUCACGAGUUCGGUGACAACACCAACGGCUGCACAUCCGCAGGCCCUCACUUUAACCCAUUCAAGAAGACUCACGGUUCUCCAAGCGACGAGGUCCGUCACGUGGGCGACCUCGGCAACAUCGCUGCCAACGACAAGGGUGUUUGCAAGGGCGUGUUGACCGACUCGCUGGUCAAGCUGAUCGGCCCUACCUCUGUGCUUGGCCGUACCGUCGUGGUGCAUUCUGGCCAGGAUGACCUGGGCAAGGGCGGCAACGAGGAGUCCUUGAAGACCGGUAACGCUGGUACCAGACCAGCUUGCGGUGUCAUCGGUAUCUCCAACUGA